AUGAAAGUACUUGUAAAACGUCGCUCCAGCCUGUUUGAGAGCAUAAAACGGGAUAUGAGCUUUUCACAAAGCAUUGAAGAAGAAGCGCCUGAAUUCCCUUUUUCACAAGACAGCUCAGUAAAACCUUGGACUUCCAUGGAUAACCUUGACACCCCUGAUGACAAAAAUGAGAAGGCCAAAGAUGCACCCAAGAUCAAAGAUGCACCAAACCCAAUGAAGUCAAACAUUGUCAACCUGAAUGUGGGCGGAAAGGUGUUUCACAUCCCCAAACAUCUAGUCCUUCGAUACCCAAAAACCAGAAUUGGAAUCCUUGCUCUCUGUGAUGAUCCAGUUAAGCGGCAGACACUCUGUGAUGAUUACAACGUUCAGAACAACGAGUUCUUCUUUGACAGGGACCCAAUGUUUUUCCAUUACAUAUUUCACUUCUACUGCAGCAAUGUCCUCUGGGUGAUGGACAGUCUCUGCCCUGUCAGCUUUGAAGAAGAGCUGUCGUUCUGGGGACUCCGACUGAAGGACACUCCAAGAUGCUGUCGUAUUCUGUUUGAGGAGAAACUGGAUGACAUAAGAGACCAGCUGAAAGUUAACCAGGAGCUGCUCGAUGAAAUUAAACCUCACCAUGACGAUGAAAGUUACAAGACCAUGUUUCUUGGAGACCUUCGUAAAGCCCUCUGGGACUUGAUGGAGAAUCCUUACUCCUCUCUGUCAGCCAAAGCCUUUGCAGUGUUUUCCAGUCUCUUUGUUCUCAUCUCUAUUGUUGCCAUGACAAUGAAUACAGUCAAGGAACUUAGAGAGUACACAUUUGCAGGGAAACCCUACAUGGAGUGGGUGGAGGUUGCUUCCAUAUUGUUUUUUACUUUGGAAUAUUUUCUGCGGUUGGUCACCACGUCCAACAUCAAUCAUUUUGUCAAGAGCGCCCUCAACUUUGUUGAUUUAGUGGCUGUCAUGCCCUACUUCAUCCAGAUUGUUUUUGAAACUUUUGUCAUAGAUUCAGAAGAUGCAAAUGCACAGGAAGACCUGAAGGCCAUGUCCAGGGUCAGUAAAGUCAGCAAGGUGCUCAAAGUGGUCAAGCUGAUGCGCAUCUUCCGUAUUUUGAAACUUGCCCGUCACUCCACUGGCAUGAGGGCGUUUGGUUUCACCAUCCGCCAGUGCUCUGAGCAGGUGUGCUGCCUGUUUUUGUUCAUCGCCAUGGGCAUCUUCACCUUCUCUGCCCUGAUGCAUUCUGUGGAGGUGGAUCAGCCCGGUACCCCGUUCAGCAGCAUUCCAGAUGCCUGGUGGUGGGCUGCGGUCAGCAUCUCCACUGUGGGCUACGGCGACGUGGUCCCGAUCUCCUAUCUUGGUCGUUGUGUGGCAUUUGGCUGCAUCUCUUUUGGGAUCAUCCUGAACGGCAUGCCCAUUUCAAUUCUGUUCAACAAGUUCUCUGACUACUACGCCAAGCUGAAGGAACAGGAGUACACAUGUUCAAAUACCGUACGCACCUUCCAGCUCAGGAAACGUCUGAGGCGCAAGUUCAACAAAUGCUUUGAGCCUCAGCUGGAAGACUCAGAUGAUGAGAUACAUUAUCGGCCCAGUGGAAGACAAACUGACCACGAAACAGAAGACUGAGAGGAGCUGAAUGGCUGCAACCUCAGUAACCUGAAAUGGCCUUAUCACCCAUGGGUCUGGAAAGUUUAAGACCCAACCUGCCUCCAAGCUUAAGCCUAUGUGAGUUAAAAUAGUCUACGAAGGGAAAUGGGAACAGCAUUAGCUUUGCAGUAGAUGCAUCUGCAUGCUAAGGGUGAUGAUUCCCUUGUCACACAGACAGAAUUGUCUUGCUUGAGAGUUCAUCUACUUCCAAGAACAGCAACCAAGACUGAAGCAGUAAAUAAAGCUCUUUACUCUUAAAUUACUUUAGAGGAAGUCUGGUGUUUAGGAAGAGCUCCUCGUGUUGGGAUUACUUUAUUAAGCACAAAAACAUGAUGACAUUGAUUGGUUCUGGCUUCGGGCAGAUGUUAGCGGUGGUUUGUAGAUCCACCUUCCUGCAUUAAGGGAAAAGCUGUCCUUCCACUUCCAGACCAUCAGUGCAGAGCUCCUCCACAUGACAUGCAUACUGUGGUUUUUGUUUUGGUGCAGAUACUCAUCAUGGUAAUGGAUGCAGCAAAGGUCGGGGUGUCGAAUGCAGUCAGGACCUACAGAUUAAUUUUGGGGCCUGGGAUUACUGGGAUUUGCUCUUGCACUUCCUGUCUGGGUAAAAGUCACUCAUGCAAUGAGCUAUUUUAAUAGCACAGAGAAUCAGAUCAGGCGCACUCAGUCAGGUACUAUUUAAGGACUUACUGGCUACUUAAGUAGAUUUUGAUGUGGAAUAGGUCUCUUAAAUGGAGAGAUUUAUCAUUUGUAUUUAAAUAAAGGCAGUGGUGCUGCUGUCAUGUAUUAAGAAACAAAGUGACCUCUGAGGACUUAGCUGUACUGGAACAUACGUGUUUAUAGGGCACCUCGGCUCUAAAUAGCUUAACCAGUUGUUGAUCUUUACAUUAAUCCUCUGAAGAUUUGUUUUUUAAUUAGGAAAAUGUCUCACCCCUCAUCAACCCAUACAAUAUGCCCUACUGGCCACAGAGCUUAGGAAGAAAACCUGAUUUUAUCUUCUUUUUUUUCUUUUUUGUAGCUCUGUUUAACAUUGUUCUGUUUGUUGCACCGGUUUUAAUAAAAGGCAAAUAAAUGGUCUAUAAACAGGAGCAACUGGUGCCUGCAGCUGACUACUGAUUCACACUGAUUCUCAUUUCCAACUGUCCUCCUGCUAAAGAAAACACUGGCAACAGGCUUUCAUUCAUCCACAUGUAGCACAAUAACAUCAGUGCAUCUUCUGCAGCACAUCCAUCAGUGAUGUUCAGCAGAUAUUUAAUGAUUUGUUACAGUGCAGGAAUACACGCAGG